CUCGUGUAUAUAUAUUGAUCAUUAAUCAAUGAGAAAGGCACGGUGAAUAUUCUCAUAUUCUAUUAUGGUAUCACGAGCUUAGGUUUUUCGAUCCGAAACCCUAGUUCUCUUUCCGCUCUUCUUCUUCUUCCCCUGUUCUUUUCUUGUUCGGCUGCUACUCCAUGGCCGACACUCAGAAGCUUCACCCUGCCACUCUCGUCACUAACAUCAAAACCUGCAUACCUAUUGUACUGGACUAUGAUGGCACCCAAUACAAUACUUGGUAUACCUUAUUCGAACUCCAUUGCCGCACGAAUUUGGUACUCGAUCAUAUUAAUCCCCCUGUUGUUGAUGACAAGGACUCUGAAGUUUCUGAGAAUGCUCAAACUGCUCAAUGGCAGCGACUUGAUGACAUCGUUCGUCAAUGGAUUUACAAUACUAUCUCCACUGACCUUCUUAAUUCCAUAAUCGAUCCUGAUGAAAAGGUCAUUGAUGCGUGGAACCGAUUGAAGGAGUUUUUCCCCAAUAACAAGUCAACUCGGGCAUUACAUCUUGAUGCGCAAUUCACCAACACCAAGCUCGAUCAAUUCGAUGGUGUCAAACCCUAUUGUACUCGCCUCAAAACCUUGGCUUAUAGUUUGAGGAAUGUGGGUGACAAAGUCUCAGACAAUAGGAUGGCGCUUCAACUCUUGAAAGGGCUCUCGGAGGAAUACAAGCCCUUUCGCACUUCGGUACGGCAUCUCAAUCCUCUGCCUUCUUUUGAUACCUUGCGUUCGAUGCUCGAACUUGAGGAGCAAGGCAAUGCCGCUGAUAUUGCUGUUGACUCCCAUGAGGAAGCCCAUGUCUCGCAAUCACCUUCCAUGAUUCCAAAAUCAGGCGGAGAACAAACCCAAUCAUCUGGGAACUCUCGGGGUUCUACACCUCGUAAUGGUGGUCGUAAAAAUAACAAGGGCAAAGGGAGUGGACACGGUAAAGGGAAAUCUGCCGCCGCCGGCCACGGUGGUCGAAACGCCCAGCCGCAACAACAACAGCACCACAACGGCAGCAACUCGUCGCAGCAACAGCAGGGGCAAGGAUGGAUGUUCCCUCCUCAAACACCAUAUUGGGGAUACUGGACUAAUCCUCCUUGGCAGACUCCACCCUGCCCGUACCCCAGUCAGGGCCCAGGCCCAAUUCCCUGGUCACCAAGGCCGAAUCAGCCAUAUACUCAAGGAGUCCUUGGGCCUCGUCCCCAGCAGGCCUACGCUAUGACAGGUCCUCCGUCUUCUUCUUCGGGUUGCACACCGACCAACAUCGACCAAGCAAUGCAUACUAUGUCUCUUACUGACCCGAGCUACUAUAUGGAUAUAGGAGCAACAUCCCAUAUGUCGAACUCACAAGGGUUUGCAGACGGGGAGCAAAAUAGUGAGAUGUAAUAGCAGUGACGAUCUCUAUCCCUUCUUCACCGAUCGUCACCUCAUUUCCACUUCACAUCCGUCAGCUUUUACGAUUGUGUCUCCUAGUGUGUGGCAUUCCCGUUUAGGCCAUCCGGGAAAUGUCAUUCUUAGCUCUUUGCGUAGUAAUAAUCUCAUAAAUUGUAAUAAGGCUUCUAAACAUGUUUGUCAUUCUUGUCCUUUGGGAAAAUUAAUGAAAUUGCCUUUUUAUGAUUCUAUGUCUCAUACUACGAUGCCUUUUGAU